AUGAAGACCUUGUCUUGUCGAGGCCACCCAGGCAAGUGUGAUGCUCCAGAUUCGUCCACCAACCACAUGGAACAAAUCCUCAACUGCAAGAUGUCAGCAUUUGAAGUGCCAACUCCAAUGGAUCUAUAUGGUUGCCGAGGACCAUGGAUCUUGAAUGAAGCCCCGACUGAACCCUUUGAUAGAUAUUUCAAAGCACAACCCUAUACGAACUAA